AUGUUUGGAAGCAAAACGCCCAAACAGCGAACGAUACGCAUAUCAGUCGUCCGUUCCCACGCAGGCGGAAAAGAGUUUUGGAAACGUCUUGGUAAGGAUUGGAAGAAGUUUGGAGCUGUUGAAAUCAAGGUGUCGGUCAAGCUCAUGAAAAAGGCUCUCACAUACAAGGCAUUACUUAAAGAGCGCCCAGACAUCAUAAUAUGCAGCGACACUGCGGGAUCCCCAUCCUCAUUCACUGCUGAAGAAGUUAAAAACCUUGAGAAGUACGUCGUCAACAACACAUCGAAACAUCUCAUUGGGACGUACGCACUCUUCCAACACUUGGAGCAUAGGACAAGCGAAUAUGACAAUAGGAUGAUGUGCCCUUUCUUUGGAAUUGACGAAAAAAUGAAGUUCACCACUUUGAAUAUCGACCCAAGUGUAGUCUUUACUCCAACAAGCGUUGAAAGUGUGUUGUGGAAAAAUAUGGACACGCCCUAUCGGAGUGAUGGGUACAGUCACACCCAAUUGCCAGUUUCGAUGAAUUGGUUUGACAAAGAAAAUCAUUUGUGCUGUGGGAAGGGUGCGACAAUACUUGCAAGAAAUGACGAUGGCACUGCCGUUGUGUUAUACAACUCGACCAAGACGUACUCAACGUUGUACAUAUCAUCAAUGCCAGAAUUCAACACUAUGGAAACAAACACCGACCUCCAGUUUUUUUACAAUGCGUUUAUAUUCUUGACCGCAACAGAUUCUCUACUUUCGCUCCAGGGACUUUGUAUGAAAUGUAUUGGAAAGAUGAACAAAAAGAUCGAGAGGAGCAUGAUUCCACCCCAACUACUUUCGACACUUGAAAACGCUUCGAGGAGGUAUCACCACCACGUGCUGAAGGAUAAAAAAUAUUUCCGAAAGCACAUUGUAUAA